UCGAAGUGUUGGCAACACUGGUUUUCUAGUAGUCUCCGCACAUUUUGCUCUGGAACAUUCUCAGAUCGCACGCUCUUGUUUUUCUGUGAAAAUUUUCCGUGAUUUUGUGGUGUUUCUAGUGCUGAAAUGGCUGCUAUUAGUUUGCUGAAUCCCAAGGCAGAAUUUGCCCGUGCUGCCCAAGCGCUGGGCAUCAAUAUCUCAGCGGCAAAGGGGCUCCAAGAAGUCAUGAAACCUAACCUCGGACCCAGAGGCACCCUCAAAAUGUUAGUUUCGGGAGCUGGGGACAUAAAGAUCACGAAAGAUGGGAAUGUCUUGCUCCAUGAGAUGCAAAUUCAGCAUCCCACGGCAUCUCUCAUUGCCAGGGCUAGUACAGCUCAGGAUGACAUGACUGGGGAUGGGACAACAUCGACAGUUUUGUUGAUUGGGGAACUUCUGAAGCAAGCUGAGAUUUUUGUAGCUGAGGGAUUGCAUCCCAGAAUGAUUACUGAGGGUUUUGAGAAGGCACGGGAUCGUACUCUUGAAGUGCUCGAUGCUCUUAAAAUCCCAGUGGCGAUUGACAGAAAGGGAUUGACCGAUGUGGCCAGAACAGCUCUGGCCACAAAGGUUCGGGCAGAUCUGGCUGAGGUACUUACAGAUGUCUGUGUGGGGGCUGUUUUGGCCAUCAAGGGAUCUGAGGAUAAGCCUGUGGAUCUGCAUAUGAUCGAAUUGAUGGAGAUGCAGCACAAAUCAGCCACAGAUACUCAAUUAAUUGAGGGUUUGGUGCUGGAUCACGGUGCUCGGCAUCCGGAUAUGCCAAAGCGCCUGGAAAAUGCCUACAUUCUCACAUGCAACGUUUCCCUAGAAUAUGAAAAGUCCGAAGUGAAUUCGGGCUUUUUCUACAAGACAGCCGGAGAUCGGGAGAAGUUUGUUCAGGCUGAACGGGAAUUCAUUGAGCUGCGCUGCAAGAAGAUCAUCGAGCUGAAGAAGAAAGUGUGCGAUGGCACAGAUAAGACCUUCGUGGUGAUCAACCAGAAGGGUAUCGAUCCCAUGUCUCUGGAUAUGCUGGCCAAGGAGGGUAUCCUAGCCCUUAGGCGUGCCAAGAGGAGGAAUAUGGAACGUCUGGCAUUGGCUUGUGGCGGAAGUGCCAUGAAUUCCGUGGAAGAUCUCCAGGAGUCCCAUCUGGGAUAUGCAGGACUUGUGUAUGAGCAUGUCCUGGGUGAGGAUAAGUACACUUUCGUGGAGAAAUGCAAGAAUCCCCAAUCAGUGACAAUUCUCAUGAAAGCCCCCAACAAAUACACCCUGACGCAGAUUAAGGAUGCCAUCAGGGAUGGAUUGAGAGCAAUCAAUAACACCAUCGAUGACAAAUGUCUCAUUCCCGGGGCAGGAGCCUUCGAGAUUCGAGCCUACAAUGAACUCAUGAAGUUCAAGGAUACCGUCAAGGGAAAAUCUCGUUUGGGUGUCCAAGCAUUCGCAGAAGCCCUCUUGGUGAUCCCCAAAACUCUCGCACUGAACUCCGGGUACGAUGCCCAGGACACCAUUGUGAAGCUUCAGGAGGAAGAUCGCUUGAAUCCCGAUCCAGUGGGAUUUGAUAUUUUCACCGGAGAACCCAUGAAACCGGUAGAUUUGGGCGUCUAUGACAAUUACGUGGUCAAGAGACAAAUAAUCCGUUCGUGCUCAGUAAUCGCCAGCAAUCUGCUCCUAGUGGAUGAGAUCAUGAGAGCAGGAAUGACCAGCCUCAAGGGAUAGACACUGAGGCGGGUCAAUGCUUCCUUUAUUCUACUCAAUGCUGCCCAGCUAAUCAUUCACAGAGUAUUUUUUGCAUCUCACAAACCAGUUAAUUGUAUUUCGUAAAAAAAAUGGAAUAAACUCUCAAACUUACUAAAAAAAAAAAA